ACUGCUUAGCUGUACAUUACGCGAGAUUUUUAUCGAUACUAGACGGUGGGGGCUAUUACAUUGAGCGCCAAAAUUCCGCGCAUUGUUCACGAAAUCGUAUCACUGCGGGUCGCAUUUCGUGAGCCCAAUGUUUAUUUUCUGUCAUGUCAGUACAUCGAGUCGAAGUGUUCAAAACCCCGACACGACCUACAACUGUAAUAAGUCUACAUCAAGCAGCGGAGAGAAGAUAGUGGAAAGCUGUGAUUUGAAAUGGAUUUAGGACUGGAAUUAUGAUUUCGCUUGGAGCUAUUUCAAUGGCAGUUCCGCCUGAGAAUAGAAGUCGCAGUGAAAGUCUGCUUCUUUCAUUGAGUGGUUAUGCUGGCUUGAAAGUACGAAAAUUAACGAAAUCAUCAGGAGACGACCCUCCCCUCCCCCGAUGCAAUAGUCUCAAUAGUGUCACGUGCUUGCCGCCCAAGGUUACCCCUGUCGCUACUGCCUUAGCCCUCCCCUCUGCGGGACAAGCUGUACUUACUGAACAAUCUACAACAUCCGGGACCCUCAAUACAAAUAUUUCACCAAAAAGGUCAACUUCCGGUGGCGGAAGCUGCUCAGACGGAGGUGACAAUAUGACACAGGACAGGAUCAUGGACGCUGGCAAGAAGUCAGCAGAGAUAACCAGUGCCAAAAUGCCCAAGAAAACUAGCACAACUGAACGAAAAGGUGGCUCAACGCGGCUGUUUCGUUCAGUGUCUGCGCUAAGCCAAGGAAAGAAAAACAAACACGAGAACACUCACAAUGUCCCGAAAGAUGACAAACACUCGUCCGGAUUAUCGGGGAUCUCGGACUCGGAAAAAGUGGAAGUUUUAGUUGAACAUAAUACGCAAAUCAUGGAAGAUAAAUAUGGAGCUAUUGAGGAGAAUAGGAAAAUAAGGCAAGACUUACAGGAUGCUACUAGCAAACUACAGGUCGCCGAGCGGGAGAUUGAGAACUUGAAAACUAUGCUCGGAGAAUGUUCGCAGGAAUCGGUAAAAUUGCUCGAAGAAGUUGAAGAAGUUAGGAGUAGAAAGAGUAGCAAGGGUGUUAUUUUCCCUUCAAAAGUUGAACACAUCGAGACGACAAUCGAAGCGAGCGGGUACCCUGUGCGUCAAAACCGCACCAACCCUUGUAAGGAGUGCGAGAAACUGAAACAGUCGAAAAUAAAAGCGUUAGUUGAAGCUAUCGCUUUGAAGAAGUAUGCCAGGGAGCUUUCGGAAGCUUUAGCAGGGGAUGAUCACAGUAAGCAAAACAUUUUGAAUGAGCUUGAAAAAAAGCUGAUCUCGGCUCAGACAGAGAAGGAGAUAGCGCUCGAGGAGUUGGCCCAUGUUAUUGAACAGAGGGAUCAAGUGGUGGCCGAGAGGGACCGGGCACUGGAGGAAUGGGGACGAGCGGCUACCAAGUGGGACAGUACUCUGGAUCAGGUGGACUCGGUCAUGACGGAGCUGAGUAAGGUCAAGGCACAAAGGGAUGAGCUUUUACUACAGAUCGAAAAGAGCGAAGAUUCCAUUAAAAUGGAAAUAGACUCUAGAGAGAAACUUCUCGAGCAACAAUUACAAAAAACUCAAACAGAACUCGCAAAGGCGCAACAACGCUGCCUGGAGUUAGACGCUAAACUUACGUCCAUUACGGAAAAAUCGGACACUUAUCACAAGGAACGCGAUCACGCAAAGGAACAGUGGAGACAUUCCGUGAAAGAGCGGAAGAAACUUCACCGAGAGAUGGCGGCUACAGUACAGGCCCGGGACGAGGCGAUUCAGAAGUGUUUCUCUACUGCGGAACAGUUGGAUAAGCUCAAGGAGGAUUAUAAUCGCUUAUUAAACAGACUUGCACGAACUGGAAUAGCGUCUGGAAGUGAAUCGUCCACGUGCUCAUUAAAGGACUGUCAGUUUUGUUCUGAUUCAUUUGGCAAAGAGGAUGAUCAUCUGCGUUUUGAAGGAGAAGAAAUUAAAGUUUCCCUGGACAAGGAUGACCCUCUCGCGAGCAUUAAAACGGGUAAAAUCCUGUGUCGCGGGCGAGAGUUCACAGCUAUUAUGGACGUCGAGAAAGCCCUCGGCGCAGCCAAGAACUUAAGGAAAUACGAUGAAAUCAUCUCCAUCAACGACAUCCCCGUAUCAGAGAAAGACCAAAACCUUGUGCACUCAUUACUGGAUAGCGCUACGUCAACCGUUACCAUGGUUCUCAGGAGGCCUACAUCAAAUUGCCAGUUUACCUUUGAUGUGGACCUAAAGAUCCCUAAGAAGUCCAAAUAUGGUUUAGGGUUUGAAUGCGGUUUGUACGUCAAGGACAUUUCGUUUGGGGGAGUGGCGUCAGAGCAAAAAUCUCUAGAGAUCGGGGACUACAUCCUGAAGAUGAAUGGUAAACAUCUGGAUAAAAUCAUCGCUUCAUCGAUUGAAAAAGUGAUCAAGAAAUCCGGCGACAAGAUGAAGUUUCACAUCACACGGAUGAUCCAGGCUUCGUCACGCCACGGGACAUCCAAGGAUUUCGGCCCAGAUGGCGUCAUAAUGCGAGGGGGCACAGCGAGCGAUAGAUCACGUGACGUCAACCGCCUGUCACUCAUCUCCAAUGACAGCAGCAUCUCCAUGCGGUCACGUGACUCGCGCCUAUCUGGCGCCUCAAGCCUCGGUUCCAUGGUGUCGAAUACAGACUCGUGCUUCGCAGACUCCAGCUCAGAUCAUUCCGGGCACGUCCUUCAUUCCACUCCGAUGUUUGCGGAGCGGCCGCGGAUGGCGACAGCCGUGUUUCAUCCGACUGACUUAACGCGCGAAAUGCAUGAUGGCGCACCUGUGGAGGAAGGGAACGAGUCGUCGGAGCUGCUUACCUCAGAUGCUAAAGAAAGUGAUAAUGAAGGAAGCCAGGCUCGGUUUGGAAGUCUAACUCGCAAGUAUCUCAGCACCGGAACUAUGGUCCGCUCCAACAGCGGCGAGCUGAGUGGUCUCGCGCGUGCGCAGUCUACGAUAACGGCCAUACGUAUCGACGAGGAGCCUUUAGAGGACUCUCUGACAAGGCCUGGGAAGGGCGAGAUACUUACUGCCACAGGGGAGAGGGCACGUGUCAUUCGUCUAGAGAAGAAACCAUUCAAGAGCCUUGGCAUCGAGGUGACGGGCGGGAAUCUUGUCGGGAUCUACGUCAAGGAGAUGUCCGAGGACUCGGUUUGUAGGGAUGUCGGUGUGAGGACGGGAGACAGGCUUUUCAAGCUCAACUGUUACGAUUUGACCCGCGCCACUUUGGACCACGCGACUCGAAUCGUCCGGCUACUCAGCAGCUGUACUUACAUUCGAAUAGAAGCGCUGCACUGCCCAAAUUGUGAGGAGAUCCUGAAGGAGCCCCCCUACGACUCUGUUUACGUCCGGACGAUCCAACCUUAUAAGGCUUUGUCACAUGACGAGUUAGAUUUCACUGUCGGGGAAACACUUCACGUGAUCAACACGCGCGCAAAUUACGACCAGGCGAGGCAGUCAUGGAAAUGGGUGGCCAUGCGCGCAAGGAAGGAUGGGAGAACCGUCGACGAAGGACUUAUACCCUGCAUGGGAAGUCUACCCGAGCAAGUAGAAUCCACCGUCAUAUCACAACUCAACCUCAAACUGGAGUCUGGGUCUGAGGAAUGCCUGAGCGACGAGGCAAACGCCGCACUCAAGCGAGGCGGGGCGGAGCGCAAAAGCCUUUUGCAGCGGUAUAAGAAGAUGAGAAGAAGAGAGAGUAGAGAUCACAUAGCAGCUGUUGACUUCAAUGGUAACUUCAACAAAGUCGUCUACUAUGAAAUACUCAGCAAAACAAAAUGACACCCGUUACAGAUAUUAUAAAAUGCCACAGAGGCAUGUGUAGUUUAUAUCAACAAAUAGCUUAGAUACAACCAUAUAAGGUAGUCGAAUUCCACUGAAUGUUACUUUAUCCGAUCAUGCAGUCACAUGCCAUGAAAAUAUCACUGGAUAAUAAUGAGCAUAUAAUGAUUCCAAAUAAGGAACAUUCCCUAAGGGAGAGUACCCCUCCCCCUACCUCUUUUAUGAGUCACGCAGUUGUUACAGAUGUUCACCUUUCAUGGAAAUAUCACUGGAUAACCAUAUUGUUUUACAUUGAAGCGACUGAUCAUGAGUCUUUAGUCUUAUACAUAUAAACUAAGGCUAUCGUUAAAGCGGAAUUGUCACCAGUCUACUUCCGGAGGGCCGAUGGAAACCUCAACCGACAAGAGACAAAAUAAUCUUUUAGGAUCUGCGCUAUUUAACAGGUCAAUUAUCAGUCACAUCCUCGAAGAAACUUCCAAUAGACACACUGCUUUUACAAUUUCGACAUAUUUAUCGCGUUUUCCGUUAAAAAUCAUCGAGUCCUUUUACGUAAUCGACCGGAAGUAAACUGGCGACAAUGCCGCUUUAAAUUAUAGGCGUGUCUUACUAGGAACAAGAACAAGCGCGAAACAAGUGCUUUUUUAUUUUCACUGGAACUAAAGUACUAGAAAGCGCAUUAGGCGACUUUCACUUAGCCUGGUUUCCAUAUAGUCGUAGUGGUCGUAACCAGUCGUCUGCAAAAAUUCCUUGCGAUCCUUACGACUUUAUGGAAACACUCGAUUGGACGACCCUUACACGACAGAUACGAGCGAGGCGAGUGGUCGUUUCAGGGUCGUCAGAGACAGAACUGGUUGCAUUACAACAGAAAACAAUUUAUUCUGCGCUAAAUCAGCCAGAAGGCUUUAUUGUCAGAAAGUGCUGAUUUUUAUUGAAAUAUUUUAGAUUUUCUUCGCAGCAUUUCUGGGGUUUAUUUUGCCGCGAAUUCGACUUACAAAACGUCACGUAAUUUUCUAGUAUGUCGCCUAUUGCUGAAUUUGGAACACUGUCGUUCAACCAAUUCUCGUCUGUGUUGUGGUUGUGCUUGUAUCCUAAUGAUAAUAAACCGUAAUGAAGUUAGCCAUGUGGAUCAAUGUGCGGCCCAUAAGACAUUGAUGUAUAUCCACCAUCGUAGAAAUUUCACGGCACACACAUUUUGUGCUGUAAAUUUUAAGCCAUGACAUAGGGUUAUUCAACAGCCUUGUAAGGUAGUUUGAUAACCAUAAAAGAUAAUUUGAUAUCCAUAUAAAGUUAUUUGAUAUCCAUAUAUGGUAAUUUGAUAUCUAUCAAAGUUAACUUAAUUUCCGUAUAAGGUAACCAAGUGCAUAUAGCCCGUACGAAAACACUAAAAUUGACUGACUAGAGAGAGAGAGCUAUUGAAAACGUUUUUAGAAAAUAAAAUAGAUUGUACACAGGUGUAACACAUCUUUUUAUUUAUUUUUUAAUUACAUAAUUCAGCUUUCAAAAAAAUUCCAUGCUUAUUUUGUCUCAGAAAAAAAGGAAAAAAGUAUAUGCAUUUAGAUGAUAACUUAAUCAUGUUGUGUUAUUUAGAGAAUGAGAAAAGAGAUAUGAGAUGAAAUGUUCAGGCAUAUGAAAUACCGUGAAUACUUUACGAGUAAAAUAAUAAGUGGUUGAGACAUUAAAUUUUCCGUAAUACCUGGCA